GAUGCUGUUGGCUUCACCAAGGGUGCAAGAGAAAGGAAUUAAAGACCCUUAGUCCCUUCCCCUCUCUCAAACUCCAUACUAAUUCCUUCUUUUCUCUCUUGGAUAUCUCUUGUGGGGGCAGUCCAACCUCUUACACCUUCCACUACUUUCUUCUCCCUUUUAAACUUCAUUACUCAAUCAUUCUCUGUUCCUCUCUCUCUGUCUCUCCAUUUUCUCUCACUGGAGCCUCAGAAGUGAGAACCUUCAUCAUCAGAUAUGGAUGGCCAAGAAAGUACCCCACCACCACUCCCACCGCCAUUUGCGCCGCCCUUAUUGUCACCCCUUAACGCUCCUUUCCUCUUUGCACCCUCACUUCCAUCCUCCUCACUACACCCUCCUUUAGAAACUCAAAUUCUCCCCGAUAUUGAUUGGGUUAGCCUCCUCUCAGGUCAAGGUAUGCUCGGUGAGAAUAAGCCAAUGAUUGAAAGUGCUUCUAAUUUGAUGGCUCAAAAUGGAGGCGAUCAGGAUGAGAAAGGCAACAAGGAUAAGAGGAAAGGUAGUAGGAUAAAAAAGACAAGCCGACCUAGGUUUGCAUUCCAAACCAGGAGUGCUGAUGAUAUUUUGGACGAUGGCUACAGGUGGAGAAAGUAUGGACAAAAAGCUGUGAAGAAUAGCAUUUAUCCGAGGAGCUAUUACCGGUGCACGCAUCACACAUGCAAUGUGAAGAAACAGGUUCAGAGGCUCUCAAAGGACACCAGCAUCGUCGUGACUACAUAUGAAGGAAUUCACAACCAUCCAUGUGAAAAGCUAAUGGAAACCCUAACUCCUCUUCUCAAGCAAAUGCAAUUCCUUUCUAGGUUUUAA